UUUACAAAUCUCCGCAGGUCGAUAUGGGCUACGAUAUAUCGGACUAUAAAGAAAUCGACCCGCGCUAUGGAACCAUGGCCGAUGUCGACUUGCUGAUCGAAGCUCUCCACAAACACAAUAUGAAGCUUAUGAUGGAUCUCGUCGUCACUCAUACCUCAGAUCAGCAUGACUGGUUUAUCGAAUCCGCUCGGUCGAAAAACUCCUCAAAGCGCGAUUGGUACAUCUGGAAGCCGCCGCGCGAAUAUGAUUCUGUGGGGAACCCUUUGCCUCCGAACAAUUGGGCCCAAAUCUUGAACGACUCCCAUAGCGCUUGGACCUGGAGCGAAACAACCCAGGAAUUCUAUUUGACUCUCCAUACUCCGGAACAGGUCGAUCUGAACUGGGAGAAUCCCGAUGUGGUCGCUGCCGUUCACGAUGUUAUGCACUUUUGGUUGAGCCGAGGAGUGUCAGGAUUUCGAAUGGACGUGAUCAAUCUGAUUUCAAAGGAUCCUUCAUUCCCCGAUGCCCCAGUCGUCGACCCCAGUUGCCAGUUCCAACCCGGAGAGAGAUUCUACACUAAUGGGCCGCGCUUCCACGAGUUCAUGCAUGGGAUAUACGAGAAUGUUCUCUCAGGGUAUGACACCAUGACCGUCGGGGAAACAGCCUACGUCAGCGACAUAAGUGAAAUCAUCAAGACCGUCGGAGCAACUGCCAAAGAACUGAAUAUGAUCUUCAUCUUUGACCACAUGGAAAUUGCGGAUGUCAAGACCAAAGGAGAUUCGAAAUGGAGUUUGCGCGACUGGAAAUUGACAGAGCUCAAACAGAUCUUCUCCGGUUGGCAAAGAAACAUGAUCGCAUGGGAUGGAUGGAAUGCACUCUUUUUGGAGUGCCACGAUCAGGCUCGCUCUGUGUCGCGCUACGUGGACGACAGCGACAAGUCCCGCGCGCGUGGUGGCAAGCUACUGGCGCUUUGGCAAUCCACUCUCGGUGGUACCUUGUAUCUCUACCAGGGUCAAGAGAUUGGGAUGCGAAACUUUUCAGCGGACUGGAAUCCUGAUGUGGACUACAAGGAUAUAGAGAGCAUCAACUUUUGGCAGAAGACGAAAAGGCUCUAUUCCGACGAUCCGAAACAAAUGAAAAAGGCAAGAGAGCUUCUUCAAAAAAAAGCCAGGGACCACGCCCGAUCGCCAAUGCAGUGGAGCGACGAGCCCAAUGCAGGAUUUGCAGCAUCCAACAUGACACCAUGGAUGAGAGUGAAUGAUGACUUUGGGACGGUUAAUGUGAAAGCGCAGAUGGAAUGCGAAAGCCAGGACCUCUCUGUCUGGCAAUACUGGCAGCUCGCUCUACGCAACCGCAAGACGUAUAAAGAUGUCUUUGUGUAUGGCGACUACCAGGACGUGGACUUGGACAAUGAGCAAAUCUAUGCAUACCUGAGGACAGGUGCUCAGACGCAACAAAAGUGGCUGGUCGUGAUGAAUUGGACUGGCGAGAACGUAGCCUGGAAGAUCCCUGGGUCGCUAGAGGUGGAUUGGAUGGCAUCUUCUUCCCUCCAAAGGAGCAUUGCCGUUGGCGACGGAGCAACUAUUAGGCUUCAGGCCUGGGAAGGAGUGAUGAUGUGCUGCAAGUAGGGUUGCAAAAGAGCGAGAAUUCCAGUCUGUAAGAAGGUACCCCCGAUCUACUAUCAGUGGUCCACCAGGGAGCUUUAGCUAUGCAAGUAG